AUUCGGACGGAGGAGCGCUCAGAACAAGCAGCGACGAGGAUGAUACCUCCACCACUGAAGAAAUCUUGCCCUAUGCCGCCGACAAUGGAACAUCCCAUGGGUCCAGUGAGCAAUUUAUUUUUUGCUUUUCUUGGAAUAUUUUCGCCGGUUCCGAUUGCACCACUCACUUUUUCCUUCAAUUUGAAUCACCACGUGGAACAGCUGCGCGCGCCUCCACAGUCGGCAGAGAUCCUGGGACCUUCGCAGCUGAACGACAUCAUGCAGCAAAUUGACCCUACCUCGACGCUUGAAGAUGCAGUGGCAUCAGCACUUGUGGAUUUCGUCGAUGAUUUUGUUGAUAAGGUGGUAGUUUGA